CCGGUCUUGCCCAGAAACCCCUCUUCUGCCCAAACAAACAUGCUUGAAGGCCAGACUGAAUGCCAGCCACGAGCGUUUCUAGUCAGCCGACAAAGGGACACGGUGGACACAACCAUUGCUACUAGUGUUGUUGCUGCUGCUGUCGCAGAAACGGUAGCCUUGAGUCAGUUUGCCUUGAUUGUUGGACGAAAGAGACGCUUCGACAGGCUCCUUUGCAUUGCUUGUUAA